CUAAAAUAUGCUUUAGCCGCGAUUUCAUAUGUGGCCACGUACCAGAUAAAGAUAUUCACGAUAAGCUGAGGGAGAAAUUACACCCAGUAGACGAUUGAUAUAUAGCACUAGAGCAAGUAACUAUUCCACGGGAUCAGAUAUAGCCCAGUUCUUUAAGGGCAACGUGCCAUAACCGCGUUGUGCGACAGUUACGCAUCGCUCAACGCCUUUCAAAACUCUGUGUAUGUUUAAUGCAUAGCCUGCAAAGUUACAGAUUAUACCAACCCCUAUAAUCAAUAUGAUUCAUUAUACCUCUGUAAGCUCCACUCAACUUUUUAAUUCUUACCUAGCUGCGUCGCGCACCAAGCCUUAUUUAUCGUGCCCUUACCAGCAUACUUUGCGCCGCAUAUCUAUACCUUUUUUUUUUUUUUUUUUUUUUUUGACACAAACUGCCACCUUUUCUCGGUUAUCUCUCUACUCCCCUCACGCUGCUCAGACUACUCCGUAUGACUAACUUGCAACUCCAAUCCAGCUUCAAGGUGGAUUAUGCGCCGGCGCACAUCAAGAAAUGGCGUUCCAGCCGGACCGGUCUCCAGUUGACCUACAUCAACCAGUCCACACCAGUCGUCAACGGCUACUUCGCGGUCGCCACCGAAUGCACCGACGACAGCGGCUCGCCCCACACACUUGAACACUUGAUCUUCAUGGGAUCUGACAACUACAAGUACAAGGGAUUGUUGGAUACGCUCGGUAACCGCUGUUUCUCGUCGACAAACGCGUGGACCGCGGUCGACCAGACAGUGUACACACUCACGACAGCCGGGUGGGAGGGCUUCCAGAUGUUGUUGCCAAUCUACCUCGACCACUUAUUCCGCCCCACCUUGACUGAUGAGGCGUGCUACACCGAGGUGUACCACAUUGACGGAAAGGCGAAAGAAAAGGGGGUUGUGUUCUCCGAGAUGCAGGGCAUUGCGAAUCAGAGUUGGUUCUUAUCUGACUUGGAGAGCUCCCGCGCGUUGUAUAGCCCGGAAUCCGGCUAUUCGUCCGAAACCGGCGGGUUGUUGCCGAGCUUGCGCGAGUUGACAAAUGAACGCAUUAGUAAGUUUCACCGCGACAACUACCGCUCCGACAACUUGUGCGUGAUCAUCACCGGCUCUGUUGACGAGACUGAGCUCUUGGCCACCAUCGAGAAGUUCGAUGCUGCGUUGCCCACGUUGGCAGAUUUACCCCCACACAAGCGUCCGUUCGUCGACUCCCCUGUCGAUACCCAUCUCCAGCUGUCUGUCCUCAAGACCAUCGAGUUCCCCGAUGACGACGAAUCAUCGGGGGAGAUUCAGUUUAACUGGCUCGGACCGGCCCACGGCAACGUCACGGCCAACGUUGCAUUGGACAUCUUGGGUACCUACCUCACGGACUCUCCUGCAGCAUACCUCCAGCAGGCGUUGGUCGAGAUCGAUGAGCCGCUCGCCACUGAGGUCGAGUACUACACCUCGGACUUGUUGCGCACGCGGUUGGUGAUGAACGUGUCGGGAGUUCCGUACGCGCAGCUCGACACCGUCGCUGCGAAGGUGUUGGAGCUUCUCACCGCUCACACGGUGGAUGUCGUGCGCGUGCGUCAGGUGUUGGAACAGCAGAGGUUAAAGUUUGUGUUUGCGACCGAAAAGUCGCCGGAGCUGCUCUCCACCAUCGCCAUCGAGGAGUUCAUGUACGGGAACGUCGACGGGACGGACUUGGCCAAAUGGACACAGAACUUGGACGAGUACGACGAGUUACUCGAGUGGACGGAGGAGCAAUGGACAGCCAUGUUGCGUCUGGUGUUUGUGUCCAGCCCCCACGUGACGGUCAUUGCCCGGCCGUCUGCCACGUUGUACGAAGAGCACAAGAAGGUGGACAAGGCGUUGUUGAAGAAGCGCAAGGGUGCCUUUGGUAAAGAGGGGUUGGAGAAGUUGCGCAAGAAACUCGAGGACGCCACCGCGUUGAACGACACACCGAUUCCGGAGGCGUUGCUUGUGGAGUUUGGCAGACCGGAUCCAGCCAAGAUUGAGUUCAUCAACACGGUUUCCGUCAAGGCCGGUACCAAUACGCUUGUCGACAGCGCGUACACCAGCGGUGCCUCUCUGGAAGUUGCCCGGCAUGUGGCAGCAGAUGCCCAGUUGCCGCUUUUCUUCCACUUUGAGCACUACGAAUCGCAGUUUAUCACGGUGAACGCCAUGUUCGGCUCCUUCGCGGUUCCAGAGGCGCUGCUUCCGUACAUGGAGCUCUUUGAGGAAUUGAUGUUUGCGUUACCAAUUCAGAAUGCGGACGGAUCCGAGACGCCGUACCAAGAUGCCAUCGCGGCGUUGAAACAGGACACCGUGGAAGCGUGGUUCCACUCGUCCUUCCAGGGUCAGUUCGACGAGGUGGUGAAUGUGACCGUCCAGGUUGAGAAGCACAAGGUAGCGAAGGCCGUGGAGUGGAUCCGGAAGUCACUCUUUGAUUCCGUCUUUACCAAGGCGCGUGUGAAGAACGCCGUGGAUAAGUUGGCGUUGUCACUCCCGGAAAAGAAGCGCGACGGCAGUACUAUGUUGAACUCUGUGUACAACCGCAGCAGCUUGUCCGCGCGCUCGAUGAGGGUUGCGAAGGACUGUUUGACGUUGGAAGCGUUCCUUAAGGAUACUUCCGCGCUUUUGGAGUCCGACGAGGGUCUUGCCACCGUGCUUGCAACGUUGAACGAGGUCAGAUCUCAGUUGUUCACCAACGGCAACAUGCGUUUGGUGGUUGCCGGGGACAUUUUGAGCAUUGAAAAGCCGGUUUCGGUGUUUGAUGUGCUUGUUAUCGGCAACACCACCGCCGUGAGUGCGAUUCCGCGCACUUUGGCGGCGUUGAAGCCAGAAAGCGACGUCAGGGGGAAGGCUUUCUUGAUCAGUGCUCCGGCCUCAGACUCCGCAUACUUAAUUGCCGCUACCAAGAUCCCGACAGACUACUUACACCCGGAUAUGCCGAAGAUUGCUUUGGUUUCCGAGUACUUACAAGCGGUGGAAGGUCCGUUCUGGCGCGGGAUCCGUGGGACGGGGUUGGCCUACGGUGCCAAUAUUCACCGCGAUUUGGAGUUUGGGAACUUGAUGUUUGACAUCUACAGAGGCAGCGAUGGUGAGGAGGCGCUCAAGGUGGCCCACACCAUCAUCCAGGGCUUUGCCACCGGUGAGACCCCCUUCGUCCAGUCCGCGAUGGAGGGUGCCGUGGCCUCCUUGGUUAACACCGUGGUGAAUGGCCAGAGCAAUUCCUUGAGCACUGGUAACGGUAAAAUCCUCGACGUUGUGUUCAAAAACCGUGGUGGUGACUUUACCACCAAAUUCUUGGGCCAGGUCCAAAAGCUCACGGUGCAGGACUUGCAGGAUACCACUAACAAGUACUUUGUCAACUUGUUUGAUGCCGGUAAAUCGAGCAUCUUUGGGUGUGUCAGUCCAAGCAAGGAGGCCGCCUUCACCGAGACCUUGACCAGGUUGGGCUACCAGGUGUCUGUGGAGACCUUGGAAGCGGACCACGAAGAGAGUGGGGAAGAGACUGGAGAGGAAGAAACUGGAGAUGAAGAGACUGACAGCGAGGAUAUUGACAGUGAUGAGACUGAUAGUGAGGAAACUGAUAGUGAGACUGGUAGCGAAGCAUCUGACGGGGAGUAGACGGAAUGUAUACUAUAUAGUUAAGGUAAUGGAAGUCGUGCAUGCUGUGGGCAGUUGAACGAGAAGCUUUGGAAAGGACAUGGAGUGUAUAACGGUUAUCCAGGCGAAAUGAUUUGGGUGUUGAUGUUAAGACUAGUUUUCAGUAUAGUUUCUGGAUUGGGUGUUUCAU